AUGGCAAACGAGUACAAUGCUAAUCGUUGCCUUUUGGAUGAUAGCUUACUGGAAUCUCAAGUUUCACCAGUAACAAAUGCGAGGAAACCUUACUUGUCAGUUUCUCAAGAAGCUGUGGAGAAGCCAGAGAAUGGUGACAAAGUACCACUGCAAGCCGCAGUCAUUACCAUUAAAGGAAUGACUUGUCAUUCUUGUGUCAAUAAUAUUCAAGACACGAUGCGUUCCCGUCCCGGAAUUCAUUCAUGCAAGGUUUCACUUUAUAACGCUGAAGGUAUUUUCACGUUUUUUCCUUUGCAAUCUUUUAUUUUUCUGGUUUUGUCCUUAGGUAUUGUCGUGUUCGAUCCCUCGAUUUGGAGUGGGGCAAGUGUGGCGGAAAGCAUCGAUGACAUGGGCUUUGAAGCAAAACUCGAGCAUUCGUAUAAUGGCUUGUUGUUGUUUUCGAGCAUUUCUCGUGACGAGGCCGCAGAGUUGUCAAAUACAUAUCGAAGGAAAACUACUGUAUCUAUUAAAGGAAUGGUAUGCAAAGCAUGUGUUAACAAUAUUCAAGACACAACUAUGAAAAGGCCAGGCGUUUUUUCCGUCGUCGUUUCUCUGGAAAUGGAAGAGGGUACACUUUCAGGAAAUAAUUCUGUGAAUUUCUUGUGA